UUUUGGAAUUUCUCCGUUACAGUGUUUGGUCCGGCUAGGAUUUUAUUAUGUAUGGUCUCAAGAGUUAAUUAUUCUCAUUUAUGCAAGCGCAUAACGAAAACGGGGAUAGGUAAGCUGAAGACUGCCAGCUAAUAUACAGAGACAUACACAUAAUUAGCACUAACAUGGUGUCAAAAGAUGACACAGGAGACAACUCAUUGCAUUAAUAGGCAGUUUUUGAGAUCCCAACUCUUUGUUUUUUAGCUAACGUAUGUUUUUUUAUUCACCAUCUUGCCGUCUAGCACCCAAAUAAAGGUUUUUGAUGCGAUUUUGCGAAGGUAAUCAGGGGUAUCGGGGAGGUUCAGACUAAAAAGAAGGUGUUCCCCCAAAAUUUCAUCAAAAUCUUACUUUCAGUUGCCUCCAAAUGUUCUGUUUAGGGUGCCUUGUAUGACUGUUGGCCCCUACUUUCUAACAAAUCUGCACCACACUUGGUUUCCUUGGUUUCUUUAAAUCUAUUUUGAUCCUACAGUUGUUUGCGCUUAACGCCAACAUGUUCUCCUGUUACUUAAUGCUUGCUCAGACAAAUCGAACUGCUAUAUGUAACACGUUGCCUUUGUUCUUCUAAAUCAUCAUACACCAAUCGGUGUUUAAACACUGCAGGUUUGUUUUUCGCAAUCUGUAGGAAUACGACUAACAUUUGAAGUCACUUAUUUUAUGAACUGCACCUUUAAGUGUUUUACGUAUUUCUGUUUGCAGAACUGUUCUAGCGCUUAGAAAUAAAUAGGAUGGACUUUCAAAAACCCUUGGCUGGAGUUACGUCAAUGUCAAUUGUUCCUUUGCCCGGUAAGAAACCUGGAAAGGAUGCUCCUGGUAUGGCAAUCACUUCUUUUAGUAGUGGUGUAUUCAAGUCAAGUUCACAAAUUAUACCCGCUGGACAGCAAGGGAGCGUUCCUAGAACAUCGAACUUAAUGUCACCUAAUAUGCUUCUAAAUGGUCACGAAGGUGAGGUCUAUUGUGGAAAGUUCUCUUCCGAUGGAUCAUUCCUUGCAAGCGCUGGGUUCGAUCGCCGUAUACAGUUAUGGGAAACGUACGGCGAAUGCGAAAACAUUUCUACUAUGAUGGGACAUGGAGGUGCUAUUUUGGAUUUAGUGUUUUCAUCAGAUGACUCGGUUAUUUAUACUGCUAGUUCAGACAAAUCUGUCGCUCUAUGGGAUACUGAAAGUUCUCAACGCAUUAAAAAGUUCAGAGGCCAUGAAAACAUUGUAAAUUCAUGUGCGGUUGCUAGACGUGGUCCCCAGCAUGUGUGUUCUGGUUCAGAUGACGGAACAGUUCGACUUUGGGAUAGACGACAAAAAGCUUGUGUACAAAAAUUCGAAAAUACGUAUCAGGUUCUGUCCGUUACUUUCAAUGACACUGCAGAUGUGAUAUUUCUUGGCGGUAUUGAUAAUAUUGUCAAAGGCUGGGACUUACGCAAGUUAGAAGCCAGUAUGUUACUCAGUGGUCAUACAGAUACAGUUACUGGUUUGUCCGUCAGUUCAGAUGGUUCGUUUCUGCUUUCUAAUGCAAUGGAUAACACAUUACGUAUGUGGGAUAUCCGUCCAUUUGCUCCAGCAGAUCGUUGUACGAAGAUUUUCACAGGGCACCAGCACACAUUUGAAAAGAAUCUGCUUCGGUGUUCAUGGUCAGCAGAUGGUCGUCGAAUAACUGGUGGCAGUGGUGAUCGUUAUGUUCACGUUUGGGAUGUAAAUACGCGCCAAUUGGUAUAUAAGCUGCCCGGUCAUACAGCCUCUGUAAAUGAAACUGCGUUCCACCCAACAGAACCGAUACUUUUAUCUGUUGGUAGUGAUAAGAAAAUCUUUCUGGGUGAAAUUCUACCUUGUGUAUACUCAUAAGAUAUUUCUCUUGCAAAAUUUCAAACUUUUUACUGUAUAAAAAUAACGAUAUUUUGUAAAUGUUACGUAUAUAUUUAUUUGCUAAGUA